GCGGCUCACACGACCAGGAUUUCGGAGGGGGAAGCGUUAUUUUCGAGACCGAAUCCAGCUCUCCGGACCGGAGCCGGACGGCUUUUGGGCGCAAAAAAGCGAAGAUUCUUCCGUCGGGAAGGGGAACGUUGCAAACAUGUGACGAUCGGGCGGCUUUUUUUUUUUUUUUCGGGUCGUCUCCGAAAGCCCCCCCUCCCUCCACCACCUCCUCCACCACCACCACCACCACCACCACCUCCUCCUCCUCCUCCUCCUCGUAUGUUCGAUUUCCCUUUCGGAGAGCGCCGCUUCUCGGCAGUGUCUCCGCGCCGAGCCGGCGCGUUUGGCGAGAGAGAGACGCCGCGUCCAGGGGGGGCGAAAUAUCCGGCGCGCGCGCGGGAAAUAUCGGGAGGGGGCGCAUGCUGUCGCCUCGGCGCUCGAGCCGAAAAUCGAAUUUAAAAAAAGAAAAAAGGGGGGGCUCGUGCCGGCCGACGAAAAAAAACAAUGAUCCCGCGCCGACGACGCCAAGCCGGCAAUCCGUGGCGAAAGGGACCCGCGCGCGGCUCGGCGUGAUAUCCUCGCGAUUGUGUUUUUGUUUUUUUUGGGUUUUUUUUGGUCCUUUUUUUUUUUCUCUCCUCCGGCCGGAAUCAUUUACGGACGUCGCCGUUAAAAGGAUAUAAUUAUGUGGGUGUCGGGCGCUGGAUUAUCAUGGGGUGAUCGUCGCGGGCGAAGCGUGGCGCUGUUGCCCUUCUGAAAACGUUCCGCCUCCUCCCCCUCGCCCCCACCCCCCCUAGGCUGGCUCGCGCGGAGACGUCUCACUUCGGUCCGCCGGCCAAACCGGCCGAUUCUUCCGCGGGGCGAGCACGCGAAGGAACCCCCCCCUCCUUAUCAACUAACACCCGCCGGCGGGGCGGGGAGUCGCCGGAGGGGGAGAUCUUGUCGUUUCGCCCUCGUUCGGCUUUCCCGAUCACAAUGGCGGACAACCUGCUGGACGUCGGACCCCCCAAUCCGAAGCGGCCGAAGCUCAGUUCACCUGCCCUCUUGGCGUCCGACGGCCCAGAUCUCGUGUCUCUAUUUGACCUGGAAAAUGACCUCCCAGAUGAGCUGAUCCCGAAUGGAGACCUCGGCCUGAUGGGUAUGUCCUCCAAUGGUGGCCCUGGAGGAGGAGGUGGUGGAGGAGGGGGACCUGGCUUAAAUUCUGUUGUCCCUGAUGCAGCUGCCAAACACAAGCAGCUCUCAGAGCUCUUGAGACCAGGCAGCACCUCCAUCUUGGGAGGGGGUCUCAACUCAGCCAGCUCCCAACAGGGAGGUAUGGUGGGAGGCCAGCUUGGUGCUGUGCUCGGCAAAAGCCCAUUGGGGCAGGGAUCACCCAACCACCCAUCUUCCCAGGCCCAGAAAGGAGGUGGCUCGGGUCAGGGCAACAGCAGUGCAGGCAUUGGCUUCAACCAGGCAAUGCUAAACAGUGGGCAGAGCCACGGGGUCUUGGGCCAGCCCCAGCCAGGACAGGUGAUGAAUGGAGCUCUCGGACAGGCGGGUCGGGGAAGACCUGGGCCAGGCAUGCAAUACCAGGGACAGGGCAUGCAGGGGGCACAGGUGGGUGCAGGGGCCACUGUCGGCGGCAGUGUUCUGGCAGAGACACUCACCCAGGGAGGGCCACAGAUGGGAGCACACAAUGCUAUAAAUGCCCAGCAGGCUGGAAACCUAAAUAAGAUGGGAAUGUCCGGGGCUCCGUUCGGCCAGCAGUAUGGCCAGCCGGGGGUGCAGCAGAUGGGAGCGGUGGGGGUCAAUGCCCAGCAGCUCCAGAACAAGGCGGCCAUUCCCAGCAGCCUGCCACAAUUCCCUGCAGAACUAAAGGGAACUGGGAGCGUGCCAAACUUGUCCCAGAUGCAGCAGCAGGUGGCAUCGGUGGGUAUGGUCCCGGGUGCCGGCGGUGUGUCGACGGGCCCAACGGCCGACCCAGAGAAGCGCAAGCUCAUCCAGCAGCAGCUGGUCCUGCUGCUACAUGCACACAAGUGCCAGCGACGGGAGCAGGCCAACGGUGAGGUGAGGGCCUGCGCCUUGCCCCACUGCCGCACCAUGAAGAACGUCCUGAACCACAUGACCCACUGCCAGGCUGGCAAGUCCUGCCAGGUGGCUCAUUGUGCAUCAUCCAGACAGAUCAUCUCCCACUGGAAGAACUGUACACGGCAUGACUGUCCAGUCUGCCUGCCGCUGAAGAAUGCCAGCGACAAGAGGAACCAGCAGCCCAUGCUUAGUUCCCCUGGGGGUGGUCUGCAGAACACCAUCAGUACAGUGGGGCAGGGCCAGCCCACAGCCCCAGCCAUCAACAGUGCUGCCACACACAUUGACCCCAGCUCAAUGCAGAGGGCCUACGCAGCCCUUGGCCUACCCUAUGGGAACCAGUCUCCUGCCCAGGGACAGAACCAGGGUCAGGGCCCCAGCCAGCAGAACCCCCAGGGUCCCCAGCACCAGCCACUCCGAAACAUCAACCCACUUGGCACCAACCAGAUGAACCAGAUCACUGGAAGCGUGGGUGUCCCCUCAUCAGAUCAAGCUGGCAUGCACUCCGACUCCUCUUUACCAUCAACACUCAACAAUCAGCUGAUGCCAGAUGGAUCAGUGGCAGGGGGCAUGGGUAAUUUGCCGUCUACCACCCCUCUUUCUGCCUCUGGAGUAAGGAAGGCCUGGCACGAGCACGUCACUCAGGACCUGCGCACCCAUCUGGUGCACAAACUAGUACAAGCCAUAUUUCCCACCCCAGACCCUGCAGCACUGAAGGACAGGCGGAUGGAGAACCUGGUGGCAUAUGCACGCAAGGUUGAGGGGGACAUGUAUGAGUCAGCCAAUAGCAGGGAUGAGUACUACCACUUCCUGGCAGAAAAGAUCUAUAAGAUCCAGAAGGAGCUGGAGGAGAAGAGGCGCUCACGGCUCCAGAAACAGCCUGGCAUGGUUGGGGCGGCAGGGCCCCAGCAGCCUGGUAUGGCUCAGCCCAGUGCUAUGGGCCCCGGCCAGGCCGUCCGACCUCCCAAUGGACCUGUGCCUAUGCCCAACGUGCCAAAUCAGAUUAUGAAUCGUAUGCAGGUUUCUCAAGGAAUCAAUCAGUUUAACCCCAUGGCGAUGCAGAAUGUGCAGAUGUCCCAGGCGCCCAUGGGACCACGUGCCGCCUCCCCCAUAAAUCACCCCCAGCAGAUGAACAUGAGCUCCGUCCCAGCAAUGGGCAUGUCCCCAUCAAGGAUGCCUCAGGCCCAAGGCAUGAUGGGCAGUCAUGCUAAUAACAUGGUGGGCCAGCCUUCCAACCAGGGUCAGUUCCUGCCCCAGGGUCAGUUCCCUGCAGCAGCAGGUGGGGCGAUGAAUGUGAAUGCAGGCUUGGGCCAGCCCACAGCACAGGCUGCUGUCACACAGCAGCAGCAGAAUUCUAACAUCCCCCUGAAUACACUGGGCUCCUUAGGCCCCCAGCUGUCCUGCGGCCCUGUUGCCCAGCCCCCGCUCCGUGCCACCCCUCCACCCAAUGCCUCUGCUAACCUGCAGCCUCAGCAACAGCUCCAGCAGCACCAUGCGCCCCCACAGUCCCAGCCCCAGCCCUCUACUCCUGCCUCAGCAAGCGGGCCCUCCUCCACCCCAACCCAUAUACCCAGUGGCCUCCCUGGUCCCCCCUCAGCCCUGGGUACGCCACCCGCCCCCUCCCAGCCACUCACACCCCUGGAAACCCAGUCUGAGCCCUCUGGCCAGAUACAGCAGCCCACCUCAGUGCAGCCACAGCACCCAAGCACACCGAUGUCCCAGGCAGCUGCCAGUAUAGACAACCGGGUGCCAACUCCUGGAUCUGUGGCUGAGGUCAGCUCCCAGCAAGCUCUGCCAGACAUGAAUGGCUCUGAGGUCAAACCUGAAGUAAAAGAUGAGGAGGAUGAUAACAGCUCUGGGAAGAAGCAGACAGAUUUAAAAAUGGAGGAGGAGGAAAGCAAAACUCCACUGGUGAAAAAGGAGGAGCCGGAUGGGGUGGAGCCAAAGCAAGAACCAAUGGAGAUGGACGAGAAGAAGCCGGAGAAAAAGCCUGACAUUAAGGCAGAGCCCAAAGAUGAGGAUGAGAGCGGGGUCAACAGCACAUCAACCACUUCCCCAGCUCAGAACCGCAAAAAAAUUUUUAAGCCAGAGGAGCUGAGACAAGCCCUGAUGCCCACACUGGAGGCCCUGUACAGGCAAGACCCAGAGUCACUGCCCUUCAGACAGCCUGUAGACCCCAUGCUACUGGGGAUCCCUGACUACUUUGACAUAGUGAAAAACCCCAUUGACCUAUCCACCAUAAAGCGUAAGCUGGACACAGGCCAGUACCAAGAGCCCUGGCAGUACGUGGAUGAUGUGUGGCUCAUGUUCAACAAUGCCUGGCUGUACAAUCGCAAGACGUCUCGGGUCUACAAAUACUGCACCAAACUGGCCGAGGUGUUUGAGGCCGAGAUCGACCCUGUCAUGCAGGGCCUGGGCUAUUGCUGCGGCAGGAAGUAUGAGUUUUCCCCCCAGACACUGUGUUGCUAUGGCAAACAGUUGUGCACCAUCUCCAGGGAUGGCACGUACUACAGUUACCAGAACAGUUCACCCAAAUAUGGCCUUAUUGCCGACAGGUAUCACUUCUGCGAAAAGUGCUUCAAUGAGAUCCAGGGCAACAGUGUGACCCUGGGGGAUGAUCCAGCACAGCCGCAGACAAUGAUAUCUAAAGAACAAUUUGAAAAGAAGAAAAAUGACAUGUUGGAUCCUGAACCGUUUGUUGAAUGUAAAGACUGUGGACGGAAGAUGCAUCAGAUCUGCGUGCUGCACUAUGAUGUCAUCUGGCCGUCAGGCUUUAUCUGUGACAAUUGUCUCAAGAAAUCUGGCAAAACAAGAAAGGAGAACAAGUUUUCGGCCAAAAGGUUGCAGUCUACAAGGCUGGGCACAUACAUUGAGGACAGAGUGAACAAGUACUUGAAAAGGCAGAACCACCCAGAAGCUGGUGAGGUCUUUGUGCGGGUGGUGGCCAGCUCUGACAAGACUGUCGAGGUCAAGCCUGGCAUGAAGUCUAGGUUUGUGGACUCAGGCGAGAUGGUUGAGAGCUUCCCUUAUAGAACCAAAGCACUUUUUGCAUUUGAGGAGAUAGACGGGGUGGAUGUCUGCUUCUUCGGCAUGCAUGUCCAGGAAUACGGCUCUGAAUGCCCUUUUCCCAACACCAGGCGGGUUUACAUAUCAUACCUCGACAGUAUUCAUUUCUUCAGACCCCGCAUGCUAAGGACUGCAGUCUACCAUGAGAUCUUAAUAGGCUAUCUGGAGUAUGUCAAGAAACUGGGGUAUGUGAUGGGCCACAUCUGGGCCUGCCCGCCCAGUGAAGGAGAUGAUUACAUAUUCCAUUGUCACCCUCCGGACCAGAAGAUCCCCAAGCCCAAGAGGCUUCAGGAGUGGUACAGGAAGAUGCUAGACAAGGCCUUCGCUGAGAGGAUCAUACACGACUACAAGGACAUUUUCAAGCAGGCAACAGAGGACCGUCUGAUCAGUGCAUAUGAGCUUCCCUACUUUGAGGGUGAUUUCUGGCCCAAUGUGCUGGAAGAGAGCAUCAAGGAGCUUGAGCAAGAGGAGGAGGAGAGGAAGAAAGAGGAAAACACUGCCUCCUGUGAGACCCCUGAGGGAGCCCAAACUGACAGCAAGAAUGCCAAAAAGAAGAACAACAAGAAAACAAACAAAAACAAGAGCAGUUUGAGCCGUGCUAAUAAGAAGAAGCCAGGGAUGCCCAAUGUAGCCAAUGACCUUUCCCAGAAGCUCUACGCCACAAUGGAGAAGCAUAAGGAGGUGUUCUUUGUCAUCCACCUCCAUGCUGGACCGGUCAUUAACACCUUACCACCUAUCAUGGAUCCAGACCCUUUACUGACGUGUGACCUUAUGGAUGGCCGUGAUGCCUUCCUGACGCUGGCGAGGGAUAAGCACUGGGAGUUCAGCUCGUUGAGGAGAUGUAAGUGGAGCACCAUGUGCAUGCUGGUAGAACUGCACAACCAGGGUCAGGACCGCUUCGUCUACACCUGCAAUGAGUGCAAGCACCAUGUGGAGACACGCUGGCACUGCACAGUUUGUGAGGACUUUGACCUAUGUAUUAACUGCUACAACACUAAGGGUCAUGAGCACCAGAUGGUCAAGUGGGGCCUGGGUCUGGAUGAUGACAGUAACAGCCAAAGUGGAGAGGCCUCCAAGAGCCCUCAGGAGAGCCGGCGUCUUAGUAUCCAGCGCUGCAUUCAGUCUCUGGUCCACGCCUGCCAGUGCCGCAAUGCCAACUGCUCCCUGCCAUCCUGCCAGAAGAUGAAGAGGGUGGUGCAGCACACCAAGGGCUGCAAGCGGAAGACCAAUGGUGGUUGCCCUGUAUGCAAGCAGCUCAUUGCUUUGUGUUGUUACCAUGCCAAACACUGUCAGGAGAACAAGUGUCCUGUUCCCUUCUGUUUGAACAUCAAGCACAAGCUUCGCCAACAGCAGCUGCAGCACAGGCUCCAGCAGGCCCAGAUGAUGCGCCGCAGAAUGGCCACCAUGGCAGGACGGGGUAUGCCCCUUCCAUCUCCACCUACCUCAGCCGCCCCCGGCACCCCCACCUCUGGACAGCAGCCUAACACACCGCAGACCCCGCAGCCUAUGCCCAAUCAGCCUCAACAACAGCAGCCCCCCAAUCCUGCCACCAUGGCUCAAGGUUUCCCCAACAACGGCCGCAGCAGCCAGCCGCCCACUCCUGUCUCACAGGGCAAACCAGGGCCGCAGUCUUCCCCCCUUCAUCAGCAGCAGUCACCCCUGCCUAACAUGCCGCCUCAGCAGCAGCCUCCGCAACAACCCCCACAGCAGCAACCCCAACAGCAGCUGUUGGCAGCGCUUAAGGUGGCCAGACAGAUUGAGAUGGUAGCCAAGGCAAAGCAGCAGCAACAGCAACAGCAGAAUUUCACCAUGAAUGGAGUUCCCUUGAACCACCCCCGAAUGGUGGGGCCAAUGGCAGGCCAGAUGCAGAUGAUGCAGGGGCCACGGGGCCCACAGGUGAUGCAGGCCAUGCAGCAGAGCCAGUGGGGACCAGGCAUGCAGAAUCCACAGGGUCCUCCACAGCAGGUAUCACCCCAGCAGGGCCCCAUGGCCCCUCAACAGGCUCAGGGAACCCCCAUGGCCCAACAGGGCCAGCUCAUGCAGCGGCCCAUGAUGCCCCAGCAGCAGGGCCUCCAGAUGCCAGGGGUCAUGCCCCCUCAGGGGCCCUCGCAGCAGGGCAUGACACCUCAGCAGCAGGGCAUGCCCAGGGGGAUGCCUAGUAACAUUGCCCCCAGUGCCCUCCAAGACCUGCUCCGUACACUCAAGUCCCCCAGCUCCCCCCAGCAGCAACAACAGGUCCUCAACAUCCUCAAAUCCAACCCUCAUCUCAUGGCUGCCUUCAUCAAACAGAGGACAGCCAAAUACCAAGCUAACCAGCCACAACAGCAGCAACAACAGCAGAGCCCUCAGGCCAUGCUGGGGCCCCAGGCAGGAAUGCAGGCCAUGGCAGCUAUGCAGCCAGGUCAGGUACCAAGGCCAGGUAUGCCCCCUCAACAGCAGCCUCCUCAGCAGCCACCUCAGCAAGCAGGGCCCCAAGGAAUGUCCCCCAUGGGCCCUCAGGGUCAGAUGAUAAAUGCUGCUCACAACGGCAGCCCCCAGCAGUACCGACGGCAGUUGCUCCGCAUGCAGCAGAUACAGCAACAGCAGCAGGCUCAGCAACAAGGGGGCAUGCCUCAGGGCCACGGCCAGUUUCCCCAGCAGCAGCCAGGGGCAGCUAGCUACUCCCAGCUCCGUAUGCAGCAGCAGAUGGCCAUGCAGGGAGGUGGUGGACCCAUGGGCCAGCUCCCCCCCAUGGCCCAAAUGGGCCAACCUGGCUUGGGGAUGGACGGGCCCCAGAACCUCCUCCAACAGCGUAUACUCCAGCAGCAGCAGCAGCAGCAGAUGCUGAAACAGCAGAUGGGCUCUCCAGCCCAGGCCAACUCAAUGAGCCCACAGUCCCACAUGCUCCAAGGUCAACCCCAGGGAGGAGCUCAUUUACCUGGCCAGUCCAUGGCCAAUGCCCUGGGAAACCAGGUACGCUCCCCAGCUCCUGUGCAAUCUCCCUGUCCACCUUCACAGCAACCCCCGCAUUCCAGUCCCUCCCCGCGGAUACAACCCCAGCCCUCUCCCCAGCACAGCGCCCUCCACUCCAGCUCCCCACACCCCAGCCUGGGAGGCCCCAUGCCAGGUUCCAUGGAGCCGGGACAUAUUGGUGCACCAGAGCAGAGUGCCAUGCUCCCACAGCUUAACACACCAAAUCGAGGGAGCUUAAGCAAUGACAUGAGUAUGGUUGGUGACACAACGGGUGACACGCUAGAGAAGUUUGUUGAAGGAUUGUAGCAUUUUUAUGACAGACGAUGGCCUUGUUCUGUUUCCAUCCAAGAACUUUUGUACUUACUGGUGUAAAAAGUUAAAAGAAAUACAAAGAAAUUAAUUGAGUCAUAUGAGGCCUAAGGACUGUGAACGUUUUCGUUAAACCAAGAGACUGCUUUUUCUUCCAACACAUGGAGGAAUUUGAAUAAUUUCUGUUUAAAAAGAGGACAGUUGAGACACAAAGAAUAUAUUUUUUGGUUCAGACCAGCCAAUGAAAUAAUUUUGUCCUGGUCUUUUGGUUGUGUUAAUUUGUUUUUCAUUUGUUAUGCUCUGGUAUUGACUUUUUUAAUGAAACUUCUCAAAACAAAAAAUAUUUCAUUUUAUUAUUCAAAUUUUUUAUUUUGUACCUUUGAAAAAUUAAUAGCAUUUUUGUGUUGAGAAGACUGUAAAAUAAUUUGUCUGGGAACUUCUCUGCCAGGUUUCACCUCUUGCUCCCUCUCUUCAUUCCUGGCUAAUUUAUUCUAAAAUACCAUUUUUCAAAAGGACAUGCCUUUUGGGAAAGACUUGUGUCUUUCCUGUUUGCAAAGUCUAUGGGAGAUUUAAGAUAUUUGUAUAGAACUACACUUGCACACACCUAAAAACAACAUGCAGGUGUGAAAAAACCUGCACUGAUGCUUGUUCAUUCACAGGUGCCGGAAUGUUCAUUUUACUGGCUUGGGUCCAGUAUUUCUGUCUUGCAGAUGUUAUAAAAUUGCUUUGUUUCUCCUUCAAUCUAAAUAAAUUCUUAUAAAGACCUCUUUUGCCUGUGGUUGGAAAUACUUGUUUGACUGCUGAUUUGUGUUCAGAGAAAGUUCUUUUUUUCUCUCGCAUUAAACUUGAAUUGAUGAACUGUUCUCUAAUGUAAGUCAUGCAGAUUGACAAUACUGUAAAUAUGCUGAAAAUAAGAAUGAAAUUACUGUUCAAACUGGUUAAAAUGGCUCAUUUCAUACUUAUAUACCAUAUUGUUAAAUAAACCUGUGU